UUGAGUUGUUUAUUGUAAAGUUUGUGCAAAGCAAAAUUGGGACCGCAAAUGAAAAGGAUGUUUGUGGAGAAUUCCCUGCGUGACUACACGACACAUGCGGCUGGUCCUGCCCAUCCAGACCAUCGUGAUCCCGUCCCUCCCAACUAGCUAUUUUAAGCCCCCUCGCCGCGCCAGCGUGAGGAAGCCGAAACCACAAGACACGCGCGCACACCUUACUGUCGAGUGUUCGAUCAAGUCCUUCAUGGACAAGAGCCGCCACGACAAGACCGGCGGCCACGGCGUGGGCGUCGGCGGCCGGCUGCGGCAGCGGCUCGCGCAGAUCCUCCUCCAUUCGUCCUGCGCCACCACCUCGGCCACCGCCUUCGUCAGCGUCGCCAGUAGCACCAAUGCCGCCGCGGCCAUCGUCACCAGUGACGCCGCGGCCUCGCGCCAACAACCACUUCCUCGGUGCGCGAGCGAGCAGCGGCCCAAGCCCAUCGAUGGCAGGUCCCAGCGCCGCCACCGCCGCCGCAGCUCGCGGGCGCUUGUUCACAUCUCCAUCGACUGCUCCGCGCGCACGGUCGGCGCGGCGGUUCUGCCUUCGCCGAUGCCGGCGGCGAGGGACGUCGGCGGCGCCGUGAAGAGCGGCACGCGCAAGAAGGGCGAUGGCGAUAACGCACGCUCGCCGCUGUACAACAGCUGGUCGUCGUCCACCGACACCGACGGCGAGAUGGCGCCGUUCAGCAGCGACGGGGAGAGGGGCCAAGCAACGGACACGAGGUCGACGCUCUUCUCGUCCCACAGCUUCUCCUCCGACUCCACGGCGGACUUCUACACCGCCACCGGCCCUUGCGCCAGGCCGAGGCGGCACACGAACCCGCCUCGCCGCGCACCGCCGAGGCGCGCGGCCAGGCCCGCCGACGCGUUCCGGCCUCCCGCGGCAUCCGCGGCGGCGGGUAAGCACGACACGGAGAAGAAAAAGAAGAAGAAGCUGGUGGACCUCAAGGACGGCGCCGUGGCGGCCGCGGGCAGCACGGCGGUGGUGAAGCGGUCGCACAACCCGUACGCCGACUUCCGGAGCUCGAUGGUGGAGAUGGUGGCCGGGCGGCGCCUCCGCGGCGCCGACGCGCUCAGCGAGCUCCUGGUGUGGUACCUGUCCCUGAACUCGCCGAGGCACCACCCGGCCAUCCUCGCCGCCUUCGAGGACGUCUGGGAGGCCGUCCUUGGCAACGAUCCCUGAUGGAUCGCCGUAGCCUUCUACGCCCGUAGUGUGCCGCGUCUCCCAUGUAAGAUACGGUAUAGCUCGUCAGUUUCUUUCGAUCGGUGAAGGCGGGUUUUGUAUGUGGAUUCUGUCAGCCAGCAUUGCCACGUUUGCUCAAUGCAAUUUCAAGCUCUCCUCCA